GGAGCUUGGCAACACUGACCGGUGCAUCGAGGAAAAACUGUGGUUGCUUGUGCAUGAACCUUUGUUAAGCAAAUAAUCCGGUGUAAUCCGGCGUAAUCGUUGCGAAUUUUCUUACCUGAGGAAAUCGCAAUGAAUUCUUUAGGAACGUUAACAUUCGACGAGUACGGAAGGCCGUUUAUUAUUCUUAAGGAUCAAGAUAAAAAGAAGCGACUCACCGGUGUCGAUGCGCUCAAGUCGCACAUCCUGGCCGCCAAGGCUGUGGCCAACAUCCUCAAGACAUCGUUGGGCCCUAAAGGGCUCGACAAAAUGAUGGUUUCAUCGGAUGGGGAUGUUACUGUGACCAAUGAUGGCGCGACCAUAUUGAAAAUGAUGGACGUCGAGCACCAGAUAGCCAAGCUGCUGGUGCAGCUAUCUCAAUCCCAAGAUGAUGAGAUUGGUGAUGGCACCACUGGCGUUGUUGUGCUGGCGGGAGCUUUGUUGGAACAGGCAGAGCAGCUUCUGGACCGCGGCAUCCAUCCAAUCCGCAUUGCGGAUGGCUUUGAGAUGGCUGCUCGCUGCGCACUCACCCACUUGGACAAGGUUGCCGAAAGCUUUUCUGUUUCAAAGACCGACAAGGAGUUCCUGAUUCAGACUGCCAUGACCACGUUGGGCUCAAAGAUCGUGAACAAGUGUCACCGGCAGUUUGCCGAGAUUGCUGUGGAAGCUGUGCUCUCGGUGGCCCAGCUGGAGCGCGGCGACGUCAAUUUCGAGCUGAUCAAAGUGGAAGGCAAGGAAGGUGGCAAACUGGAAGACUCGCUGCUGGUCCGAGGUGUGCUCGUCGACAAGGACUUCAGCCACCCACAGAUGCCCAAGGAAGUGCGCAAUGCUAAGCUGGCCAUCCUGACAUGCCCGUUUGAGCCACCCAAGCCCAAGACCAAGCAUAAGUUGGACGUGACCUCAGCCGAGGAGUUUGAGGCCCUGAGGACUUACGAGCGACAGCAGUUUGAGCAGAUGGUGGACCAGGUGAAGGCUGCUGGCGCCAACCUGGUUAUCUGCCAGUGGGGUUUUGAUGACGAGGCCAACCACCUGCUGCUGCAGAAGCAACUGCCGGCUGUGCGCUGGGUCGGUGGCCCUGAGAUUGAGCUGAUCGCCAUUGCAACAGGUGGUCGCAUUGUGCCACGGUUCUGCGAACUGACUGCUGACAAAUUGGGAUCUGCUGGAGUGGUCAGAGAGCUGUCGUUUGGUACAACAAAGGACCGCAUGCUGGUCAUUGAGGAGUGCCCCAACUCCCGGGCAGUUACAGUCUUUAUACGAGGAGGCAACAAGAUGAUUGUCGAGGAAGCCAAGCGGAGCCUGCAUGAUGCACUCUGUGUGAUCCGGAACCUCGUGAAGGACAACCGCAUUGUCUAUGGUGGUGGAGCUGCCGAAAUCUCUUGUUCCCUGGCUGUUGGAGCGCAGGCGGACAAAAUAUCGACGCUGGAGCAGUACCCCUUCCGUGCCUUUGCGGACGCCCUGGAGAGUGUGCCACUGGCCCUGGCCGAGAACUCUGGCCUCCCUCCAAUUGAGACCCUGACUGAGGUGAAGGCCCGCCAAGCCCAAGAGAACAACCCCUGCCUUGGCAUUGACUGUCUGGGCAAGGGCACUAACGACAUGAAGGAGCAGCAUGUGAUUGAGACAUUGACGAGCAAGAAACAGCAGAUCAGCUUGGCCACCCAGCUUGUCAAGAUGAUCCUGAAGAUCGAUGACAUCCGGACACCAGACAACAACUAUGCCUAAUUUAAUUGACCUUGAGAGCACAUGCAUACUGCCGUGUAAUAAAGAACCCAAAUGCACUGUGACUGGCUCACAGGUUCCUCCAAACAAGUUUCAUCUUUAUGAUAAACACUACACACGUUUCAGAUCCCAAAUAAAAUCUUUAUUUAUGCAGUUGC